AAUAAAUAUAUAAUUAAAUAAAUUUAUAAAUUGCCAGCAAAUAUUAUUAAAUAUAAAUGAAGCUUUUACUCCUUAACAAGUGUUAAUAAAUUAUUAAUUGGCUUAAAUUACAAAAAAAAUCAAUAUAAAAAAAUAUAAAUUAUUAAAUAUUCAUCAUUAUACUAGUAGCACACCCACCCAAAAUCAAUAAAUUUUAAAAUAAAAUGUACAAAUAAACUAAACAACAAAUUAAACAAAAAAAAAAAUACAAAAGAAAUUUAAAUAAUUUCCAUUAAAAUUUUUUGUUUAGGAAAUAACUCAAAAAUUACAACAAAUUGAUUUCCUUGAAAAAAAAAAUUCCCCAAAAAAUAAUAAAUAAAUAUUCAUUCUAUAAACAAACCCCUCUCUCGAACUUAACACACCCGAAACAAAAAAAUUCCUCUUCUACUAAUAGAAAUUGAAAAAAAGUAGAAAAAUUUGUUUAUUUGAGGCAAGUGUCUGCAUAUUAAAUACACAUGCAACAACAUUUGAAGACACUUGUAUUGCAGCAACUAAAUGUGUUGUAAAUUAAGCAGCAGACAAAGUUAGUGUGUGUGUGUGUUUCAACUAGCAAGUGGGUAUUUUAUUUAUUCAUUUAUUUGUUUUGCUGUUGCUGGAAUUUGAUUUUGGUUAUUUUGAUAACGACAACAACGACGACUACGACGAAAAAAGUCCAAACACGGGUGGUGGUGUUGCAUUAACGACAACAACAACUAUAACAACAAUAUCAUCAUCACCAACAACAAUAAUAACAACAACAACAACAGCAAUUGUUACAAAAUAUUAAAAAAGCAGCAAAAACCCAACAGCAACAAACAGAAAAAUUUGUAUUUAUUGUUGUCGUUAAACUUCAAUGAGCGUUUCGAUGUCACUCGUACAAGGUGGAGCUGCAGGCGGUGCGCCACAAGGUGCUAUUUUAGCGGCUGCUGCCCCAUAUUAUCAACCACCAGCAGUACCACAAGAUGUUCAACCAGAUCGUCCCAUCGGUUAUGGAGCAUUUGGUGUAGUAUGGGCUGUAACAGAUCCACGUGACGGUCGUCGUGUAGCACUUAAAAAACUUCCAAAUGUCUUUCAAUCAUUGGUUUCAUCAAAACGUGUUUUCCGUGAAUUGAAAAUGCUGUGUUUUUUCAAACAUGAAAAUGUGCUUUCAGCAUUGGAUAUUCUACAGCCACCUCAUUUGGAUUUCUUCCAAGAAAUAUAUGUGAUAACAGAACUUCUUCAAUCAGAUCUCCAUAAAAUAAUCGUUUCACCGCAACACUUAUCUGCCGAUCACAUAAAAGUGUUCCUCUAUCAAAUACUCCGUGGUCUCAAAUAUCUACAUUCGGCUCGCAUACUGCAUCGUGACAUUAAACCGGGCAAUCUGCUGGUCAAUUCAAAUUGUGUUUUAAAAAUAUGCGAUUUCGGUUUGGCUCGAGUCGAAGAACCCGAUCAAACUAAACACAUGACCCAAGAGGUAGUCACACAAUAUUAUCGCGCACCCGAAAUACUAAUGGGUGCUCGUCAUUAUUCAUCGGCGGUAGAUGUUUGGUCCGUGGGCUGUAUAUUUGGUGAACUUUUAGGACGUCGUAUUCUGUUUCAAGCACAAAAUCCAGUACAACAAUUAGAUCUCAUCACAGAUUUACUGGGUACACCCUCAAUGGAAGAUAUGCGUCAUGCCUGUGGUGGGGCACGUUCGCAUAUGUUGAGACGUGCACCCAAGUUACCCUCAUUCUCAGCUCUCUAUACAUUAAGUUCACAUGCCACGCAUGAAGCGGUGCAUUUACUAUGUCAAAUGUUGGUAUUUGAUCCGGACAAGCGCAUUUCUGUCUCAGAUGCUUUAGCCCAUCCAUAUUUGGAUGAGGGACGUUUACGUUAUCAUUCUUGUAUGUGCAAAUGUUGUUUUACCACACCAGGUGGUAUGCGUCAAUAUACAAAUGAUUUUGAACCAUCAGCUGGUCAAGCAUUCGAUGAUCUAUGGGAACGAAAACUAACAUCAGUGCAGCAAGUUAAAGAGGAAAUGCAUAAAUUUAUUGCAGAACAAUUACAGACUGGUCGCGUACCUUUAUGUAUAAAUCCCCAAAGUGCAGCAUUCAAAAGUUUUGCUAGCCAGUAAAUAAAAAUGAGAUAAACUUAAAUUUCUACUACAACAAACACUGCUGCUAAACCGCCCUCUUUUUUACAUUUAAAUGAACAAAUACAACAACAAAAAUAGAACCAUACUACAGCAACCAACUUCAAACUGCAACAAUAUAUAAAAUAUAUAGAGAAAACUGAAGUAAUGAAUAAUAAAAACCGAAAAAAGUGAGAGAGAGAGAACAAAAGAGACAAAGAUUUCAAUAUAAUGCAUUUAACAGUUAAAAACAGAAGAAAAAAAGACAAACUUUUUUCAUAAAAAAAAGUGAAAUUUUUUACCCAGCCUUAAAGUAUGCAAUAAUAAUUGCAAAUGUUUCAGCACUUGAAAUUAUGCAACGAAAACAAGCGCAAAAACAAUGUUUUUCAAAGCAGUGAUAUGUGUGUAUGUAUUUGUAUAUGUAAGAGUUAAAAAUGUAAAUCAGCCAAAACAACCAAUCGACCAAUACAACCAAGCGUACAACAAAAACACCUACAAACAACAAUAACAACAUAUUUACAUACACAAAUACAAAUAUUUGUAUUUUUGUAUGUAUAAAGUUAUUUUACCAUCAUUAUUUUCUCGCCUGCUGACGUUCAUUCAGUCGUCUGUCCAGUCAGCAUUUUUGCAAUAUUGGCCCGCUGUUCGUUACGACUUUUUUUCUACCAAAUAAUAGGUCUGUUAACAAAAACAAAUUUUUAAUUUUUUCUCAAUUAGGUUUGUUUUUCUUUUGUGUAAUUGU